UGCCUGGUCGCCCUCAGAGAACAGCUCCCUGCGAACUCUCCCUGCCAUCCUUACCUUCUUGUGGACCAUCAACUCUUCAUGAUCCAUCACUACAUAGGAUGCGGGGACUAGCUUUAUGAGGGCACACGAACCUUUCGCGUUCUGGGGAAAUGUUCUAUAGGCUGCCGAACCACACAGAAAAUGGUACGGACCUGUCGGGAGCAGGAGGAGUUUCUUCGUUCGGCCUCUGGCACUGAGCAGCAGUUGCACAGACUGGGGGAUUGCUCCCUCAGUCUGCACAUCACAUCCGUCCUUCCAACAAACGUGGUC